AUGGACCACAAAACGAGACUGCGCAAGGCCUGCGAUGCCUGCAGUAUUCGUAAAGUAAAGUGUGAUAACAGUGGGCCGCCAUGUCGGUCCUGCGCUAGUUUGGAUAUUCCCUGCACCUAUGAGAGGCCAAGCAGACGUCGUGGACCGCCCAAUCGCCAUGCGGAGGCUCUGAAGAAGCAAAAGCUCGAGUCGCCGUCGGCGGAUGCGUCGCCAGGUAGCAUCGCAGACUACCCUCUGGCGACCACGCCCAAAGCCUCUUCCUAUUCAUCGACCAUUCCCCAACCAACGCCAUUUGCCUCCUCAGCAGAGGCUAUUUGCUCUCUGCAUACUGUGCAGCUAUUACUUGAUGACUUUUUUACUUACAUUCACCCCUUGGUUCCUAUCCCUCAUGAGCCUUCCUUCCGCGCGGCGUUUGAGCGCCGCGAAGAUACCACCAGUGGCACAUUUCUGGCCCUGCUGGCCUCUAUGAUUGGAUUUCUGGUUGCAUCCUUUCCCAGGCGACCAAAGCUCCGCCUCAACACGGAGGCAGAACGCUCCGCAUUUCCAAACUCUAUAGCCCUGGUUAAGCGCUGCCAUGAAGUGGCAAUCCAGGCUCGAGGUACCGGAUAUCUCGAUCGCAAUGCCACAGUCUACGACGCAGCCAUCAGCUAUUUUCUCGGCGUGUGCUCUGGCUACAUUUACAGCAUGCGCCGGUGUCGUACAUACCUAGCAGAAUGUCGCACAAUGCUUCAGGUUUAUGACCUCUGUCGUUCGCCAACAAUUCAGCCGCCUACGGGAAUGCUGAAUGCAAGCAGUCCUGUGUCUAUCGAACAGCCUGUCUCCAGUUUGACGGAAAGCACAAAAGUGGACUUGAUCACGCAAGAGUUAGGCCGGCGACUAUAUUAUGUCUCCCUGGUUGGGUAUCAGACCUUGCACCAACUUGGGUCCUUGGACUACAGGGUACACAUAGCCCCAGAAACACCAACAGACCGGUAUCCACCCCUCCCACUGGAGGUGGAUGACGAGUUUAUCUUUCCAACCCACGUCAACUUGCAGCCGGCUGGUCGAGUAUCGCAAAUAGUCGGAUUCAAUGCAAACGUGCGGAUCUACAGUUCCUACAACUCUAUACUAGCAUGGGAAAUUGCUUUCGGCAGCGGGCGGGUAUUCGAUUGGGAGCACCAACGCUCAACACUGUGGGAAUGUCUUGAAAAGACCAAGUCUGCACUUCUCGAAACCCCGCCUGAACUUUCUCUUCUCCAUCCAAAAAGAAACCCACCUGCGUUCAUGUCUGAGGAUGGCUCCGUGUUCAGUUAUCCGGAUGAUCAUAUCCAUCAAGAACGACGCGCAAUUCAGUACGAGAUCCAGAAGGCCAAUAUCUACGCGAGUCAAUUGUGUACGAGGUCAUAUCUGGUGGAUAAGUAUUGGAAUCUGUUUGAGAUCUUCAGCAAAUAUGGGAACUCAGAUCGAGUGCCAGCUGCGAAUGCUGUUGCCCCACAAAUCAAGAUGGAGACCCCUUCGGAUGCACAAGACGGGACAAUUUCCGCGUCAUCUCAAACGUCGUCAGCUGUGCAUCAUGCACAAACAGAUUACAUCGGCCGUAUGAUGGCAGAAGAACGCAAGUUGGUCAUCAAAGACUUAUUCGUGCUCCUUCGAACAGUCAACGAAGUCAACAUGGAACCCAAUGGUGCCAGCAUAACAACCAAAAUCCGCCAAGUAGCAUCCACCCUGCUCAACAUGCCCAGCCACCACCCAGCAUCAAGACCGACGACUGGCCCCGACGAACCCUCACCAAAGUCACACCCACCCGAGACACCAACUGCCUCCUUAUCCGGCCUGCACGUCCUCACAGCCGCAGAAGCAGAAUCCUAUCUCCAUGCGUUCAUCGAUACCCUCGUCAGGCUGGAAGGCCAUUCCUCCGCGACCACUGAUUCAGGCAGUAACCCCGAAGGCGUGAGUCCACGCACGAAUGGGCGAGCUAUGAGUUACCUCAGCGACUAUGAACGUGAUCAGGAGGAAUUGAGCCAGUGGGCGAACUUGAGGGAGUAUCAGCAAAAGUUUGCUGAGGCAGGGGGUCUUCUGUCGGAGCUGUAG